AUGGGGGCAGCUUUCUCUAGUACGUGGACGCAAUUCUUUCCACCAAAGCCGAGCUUCACAGAGGCCAAUAUACCGGAUCUAAGUGGCCAUGUUUACCUCGUAACCGGUGCAAACUCCGGACUUGGCAAAGAGCUAUCGCGCGUUCUGUACUCGAAAAAUGCGAAAGUAUAUAUAACGGCUCGGAGCGAAGAGAAGGGCAAUAAAGCGAUUGAGGAAAUCAAGAGCGCAGCUCAGGGCUCCACGGGCGAUUUAAUAUUCCUACCUCUAGAUCUCAACGACUUAGCAUCAGUUAAAGCGACCGCGGAGAAAUUUCUAGCAGCCGAAACCAAGCUCCAUGUGCUAUUCAAUAAUGCCGGCAUCAUGGGGCCCGAGGGAGUGACGGAGAGAACGGCUCAAGGAUACGAGAAGCAUUUUGGUGUCAACUGCCUUGGUCCCUUCUUGCUCACGAAAUUAUUGACCCCGCUACUUGUCUCGACAGCUAAAGAUGAAGCGACGCCACCCAAUACGGUGCGGGUGGUAUUUAUGACUUCGAGUGCAGCUGAGAUGUUCGCAGACAAGAACGUCGGUAUCGACAUAAGUAAUUUGGACUUCCAUAUCGAAAAACCGAAUAGUUACCGCUAUGGCGUCAGCAAGGCUGGAGAUUGGGCAUAUGCUGUCGAGUUCUCCAAGCGAUAUAAGUCAGAUGGCCUCAUCAGCGUCUCGUUGAACCCAGGGAAUGUGCGCACAGGACUAUUCCGCGAGCAAACUCGGCUAUACCAUUUCUUCACCAGCCCUUUCAUGUAUCCGAUCAUCAACGGAGUUUACACACAGCUAUUUGCAGGGCUCUCCCCUGAUGUCACAGUAGACAAGGCUGGGAGCUAUGUGAUUCCAUUUGGGCGGUUGCACUACUUUCGCAAAGAUUUGGAAGAUGGUGCGGCGAAGUCGGAAGCCGAGGGCGGCAAUGGAACCACGCAAAAAUUCUGGGAUUGGAGUGAAGACCAGGUCAAGCAAUACCUCUAA